UUCCACUUCCGCUUCCUCAUUACCGCCGUGCUUGUCUCCUCAAAACCCUAGCAGACUCCACCGCCACCACACACAGGCACCAUGAAGUACAAUCCUAGGGUUUCAUCUUCCCGGCGCAAGAACCGGAAGGCCCACUUCACGGCCCCCUCCUCCGUUCGCCGGAUCCUCAUGAGCGCUCCUCUCUCCACUGACCUCCGCCAGAAGUACAACGUCCGAUCUAUGCCGGUCCGCAAAGACGACGAGGUACAGGUGGUUCGUGGGACAUACAAGGGCCGCGAGGGUAAGGUCGUUCAGGUUUAUCGCCGCAAGUGGGUGAUCCACAUUGAGCGCAUCACCAGGGAGAAGGUGAAUGGCUCUACAGUCAACGUUGGUAUCAAUCCUUCUAAGGUUGUUAUCACCAAGCUUCGCCUUGACAAGGACCGCAAGUCGCUGCUUGACCGCAAGGCCAAGGGUCGCGCUGCCGCUGAUAAGGACAAGGGCACCAAGUUUACAGCUGAGGAUAUUAUGCAGAGUGUUGAUUGAUUUUGAAACGUUAAGUGGUGAAGUUUUUCAUUUCCAAAUAUUCAAUGAUAGGAUGCUUUCUGUUCCAAGAGUUUUUUUGAUAUUACUGUUAUUAUUCUUAGUGGCAUGUUUUGGAUCCAAGAAUAUUAAGGGUUUUACUUUAUGUGAGUCUGGAUUUUGGCAA